UUGUGGGACGGUGGGCCUCGAUCAGCACGUGGCACUUUUACUCCACGAAGUAUGGCCAUCGAUGCUCGAGAUACUUACCCUAUCCACAUCGUGGCUACACCAGGCUAUUAUUCUAUCCGGUACGCCAUGAUCUGGUGUUUCCCUUGGAACACUAAUACAAAAGAUGUACUUCCUAAGAAAAUCAAGUGCAAGGAAUUAAAAUUUAUGAUAGAGCAUCCAGAACAUUACCUUUUUGAUCACUUGUUAAUUAUUGAUUGUCGUUUUGCAUAUGAACAUAAUGGCGGACACAUAGGUAGUCAGCACACAAAAAUGAUUGAACAGCCCUAG